UUCAACUGCGACUUCGAGGGAGGCAACCUCGGGACGACGAGGAUGAUCGGCGAGUCCGAGUAUGAGCUCCACGUCCGCGCGGACACGGAGAACCCGCGGUAUCGCCUGUGGUUUCACUUUUGCGUACGGAACAACAAGCCCAAGCAAAAGGUCGUGUUCCACGUCGUAAACUUCUCCAAGUCCAAGUCGCUGUACCGCGACGGGAUGAGCCCGACGGUGCGGUCACAGAGCGAUCCGGCGUGGAAGCGAAUACACCCGAAGCACGUGUUCUAUUACAAGUGCGUUCUGAAAAAAAACCAACCGGUGAUGACGUUCGUGCACGUGUUCGAUCGACCGGACGAGGCGUACUACUUCUGUUACUCGUACCCGUUCUCGUACUCGCACCAGCAGCGGUUGCUGUCGGACCUCGAGCGGCGCCGGCUGCCGUUCGUGACGCGAGAGCUGUUAUGUCGGAGCGUGCAAAAUCGUCGAUGCGACGUGUUGAUGAUUGGCGACCAGACGCGGUAUAAGCACCGCGGCGUGACCAACAAGCGCAAGGUAAUCUUGCUCACGUGCCGCGUGCACCCUGGGGAAACGCCUUCGUCGCAUACGUUACGUGGGUUCAUCGAUUGGCUCACGAGCGAUGAUCCGCACGCGGUCGCGCUGCGUUUACACGUCACGUUCGUGAUCGUCCCGAUGUUAAACCCGGACGGAUGCUUCCACGGGAACUACCGCACGGACUCGUUGGGGACGGACCUGAACCGCGCGUGGGAGAACCCGACGGAGUUCGAGCCGACGUUGCUCGCGGUGAGGUCGCUCGCGAAGACGUACGCGGAGGAUUCCACCGUGGAGCUCGACUUUUACAUCGACUGCCACGCGCACACGACGUCGAAGGCGUCGUUCCUCUUCGUGAAUCCUCCGGAGGAGAGCGACUCCGCGGAGGCGUGGGAACGCGUCGCCGCGCUCCCUCGUCUCGUCGACCUCAACUGCGAGGGUAGCGCGCUCGGGUUCUCCCUCGCCGCGUGCAAGUUCUGCUCGGACCCGAGCAAGAGCGGCAGCGCGAGGCACGCGCUCAGGGACUUGCUCCUCAAGCGCGGCGCGUCCAAGGCGAUGUGUUACACGCUAGAGAUGUCCUUCUACUCUCCGCCCAACGCGCAAAAAACGUGGACGGCGACGACGUCGAACGAGGCGUCGUACGAAGCUUUCGGCCGCGCGAUGGGCGACUCGUUCGCGGACUACUACGGCCUUCGAUCG